AUGAAGUUGAUCAAACAACCCAUAUCGCUAAGCGUUAGCAAUAUUAAUAUUGAUCACUCUGCUCACAAGAUCAAACAUAGCAUUCUUUUACCAAAUACCAUUCGCUGUAUAAUAUGCGGUCCCUCUAAUUGCGGUAAAACAAACGUUGUAAUAAGUUUAUUGUUGCAUGAAAAUGGGCUUAAAUUUCAAAAUCUUUACUUGUAUUCAAAAACUAACUAUCAACCAAAAUAUCGUUUUUUACGAGAAGUAAUUAAGAGAGUACCUAAUAUUUCAUUUUAUGAGUUCAAUGAUAACAAAGACGUUAUAGGUCCAAGUGAAGCUUUAAACAAUUCUGUAUUUAUUUUUGAUGAUGUUGCUUGUGAAAAUCAAAUCAACAUUCGUAAUUAUUUUUCUAUGGGCAGGCAUAAGCAAAUCGAUUACUUUUAUUUAUCUCAGACCUACUCAAAAAUUCCGAAACAAUUGCUACGAGACAAUGGCAAUUUUAUUAUAAUAUUUAAACAAGAUGAUGUGAACUUAAAACAUAUUUAUGAAGAACAUGUUAGUUCUGAUAUGUCAUGGAAUCAAUUUAAAAAUAUUUGUAAUAUAGUUUGGAGUAAGCCGUAUAAUUUUGUUUGUAUUAACAAAGACUCACCGUUAAACAAUGGCAGGUAUAGAAAGAAUUUUGAUAUUUUUUUUAACCUAGAGUAA